GUCCUUCAUUGGGUAAUGGUUUGUGACACGUCUCAGGGCCUCAGACGCUUCCCUCUUACUUCUGCUGACACGUCCAUGUCCGCUGUCUUUGUUAACGAUACACUGCUGGUAACGCUACACCGCUUCCAGUCUCAGGGGACGGCAAACCAUGUGGAGGCGGACGAGUCGGUGAAGGAGCAAAUCAAAAUGGCGAGCCAAGAGGAGUCAGUGAGGGAGUUCGUCGCUGUUACUGAUGUGGAUGAGGAGAGGGCUCGGUUUUUCCUGGAGUCCGCUGGUUGGAAUCUGCAGCUUGCUCUUGCCAGUUUCUUUGAGGAUGGAGCUGACGAUGAAAUUGUGACGCUUCCUCAACAUGAGGGAGGUUCUUCAGUGUCCCGCUCUACAGGUUCAAGCACUCAGCCCAGAGUGACCUCCUUCAGGGAUUUGAUGCAUGAAGCAGAGGAGGAGAGUGAUGAGGAGGAAGGCCAAAGGUUUUUUGCUGGGGGUUCUGAGCGCAGUGGACAGCAGAUCGUUGGACCUCCUAAGAAGAAGAGCUCCAAUGAAGUUGUGGAAGAUCUGUUCAAAGGAGCUCGGGAACAUGGAGCUGUGCCAUUGGACCGGACUGGGAAAGGGCCAGGAGAGCCCAGCAAAGCUAGGGCUUUCCAUGGUGGUGGUUACAGAUUGGGAGCUGCUCCUGAGGAGGAGUCAGCUUAUGUGGCAGGAGAGCGGCAUGGGUCCAAUAGCCAGCAGGAUGUUCAUGUGGUGCUUAAACUGUGGAAGACGGGUUUCAGUCUGGAUAAUGGUGAACUUAGAAACUACAAUGAUCCUGGAAAUGCUAACUUCCUUGAGGCUAUCAGAAGAGGGGAGAUUCCUCUGGAGCUGAGGCAGCGGUCCAGAGGAGGCCAGGUAAAUCUGGAUAUGGAGGACCACAGAGAUGAGGACUUCAUCAAACCCAAGAUGGCGUUUAAGGCCUUUGAAGGCGAAGGACAGAAGUUGGGAAGUGCUACCCCAGAGCUAGUUUCAGCUCCAGCUACAUCCCAGCAGGACCAGGCUGCCAACGAGGCGCAAGCUAGCGCCUCCGUGACCCUUGACAAUUCCCAACCCACAACUAACAUUCAGAUCCGCCUGGCCGAUGGAAGCAGGCUUGUCCAAAAGUUCAACAAUACCCACAGGGUGUCAGACCUCCGUCAGUUUGUGGUGGCGGCGCGGCCUGCAAUGGCUGCCAGAGAGUUUGCUCUCAUGACCACCUUCCCCAAUAAGGAGCUGUCUGAUGAGAGCCAGACACUGCAGCAGGCCAACCUCCUCAACGCCGUCAUCGUGCAGCAGUUAAAGUGAGGACGAUGGGGAUGAGGUGAUUCCCUCCUGGUGGCAUGGCCAAGCGACCAUGUGAAACCUGUUGCCCCCUUCUGAGGGAGGAGAACACACGGACUUAAAGAUGGACUUCUGAUUUGUGAUUUUUGUUUUUCUAUAGUGAAACAUAACAUUGUGCUCCCUAGACGCCCCCACUCUCCCCCUCCACCCCUCUGUGGUGUGUGGUGGGCAGCAGUGAAUGGAAACUAAAAAUCUUUGAAAAUGGAACCGAUUUCAUGUGUAAGCUGUGGGAAAGCUGCAGAGACUGUUGUGUUGUGGAGGGUUUAACCCGAAUACACAUGAUCAGUCCAGCUUUCCAAAGAGCAGUUUGGUGGCAGAGAUGUUGACUAAACCUGGCUCUGUUUUUCAUUAACAAGUCCCCGCUUUUACUUUUCCAUUCACCCUAAUCUGGCAUUCAGCUAUGAUCGCGUGCUGCUCGGGUCCUAGAUCAAAAGCAGAUCCAGUUUGUUUUCUGCCCGGCAGCACGCACCCACACCACAUGAUGAAUAGUAGUCUCAAUCAGUUCAAAGUACAUGGUGGCAGUGAGGUGUUUGUACAAGUUUCCACUUCUCCUCUUAUGUUGUUGUUGGAGAGAGGUGUGACACCAUAACCAAACACGAGGCUUUUUCUCUCCUUGAAACCAACCUAUGCCAGUAGCCUUACGUUCCUUCCUUCACCUCCACAGCGACGCCUGUUCCCUUUGUUAAGAUAAAAGAUGGAGUUAUUUUUUUAAAACUGCAUUUUGGUUCCUCUGCUUCCUUUUUUCCUUUACAGGUUUUAGGAUUGUGUGAGUUACACAGUGGCAUUUUGGUAUUGUGUAACCCUUCAGCUACACUUUGCUUUAUUAUGAGACCAGUGGUUGAACACAAGAACAUAUAGAUUGUAAACACCAGUUUGUGAUUGUGGAAGCUGAAAUCUAUGACACACUGACAUCUUCUAUGCAUCCUGGGAUAAAUAUUUGGACCUCUGGCAAAAUAAAUUCAUUUUAUGGUUGAUGUAUAAAGAA